GUACGCCGGCAGACAUUUCACGAUCAGUGUUUUCAUGUUAAUAAAUGGUGUGGAUUAAAAACUGUGACAGGCCGGAGUGUUGUUAGCUUGUUAGCUUAGCUAACCGCUAACAGGGGCGGAGGCUGUUUCAAACUGUUGGACUCUGAGCUACUAUGCAGCAUGACCCCACCAGGACCUCGUCAGUGUUUCUCCUCUGUGAAAGAAGACCCUCCCUGACAUCCACCUGCAGCACCUCGCCUCAAAACUUUGCUGAAAUGCUGCCGACAGAAAUCAGCAUGAAGAUCUUCGGCGAGCUGGACGCAGAGAGUCUGUGCAGCGCCUCGUUGACCUGCAAGCUGUGGCAUCACCUCAUCGAAGAGAGCAGCCAGCUGUGGAGGAGGCAGUGUCUGCUGGUCAGAGCCGUCUGCCAGAGGGAGGUCGACAGCGACCGGAGGGACGGCCUCUCCUGGAAGGUCACGCUGGUGAGGAACUACACUCGCUGCUGUUUGAAGCGAGACUGGCUGAGAGGACGUUACAGCCACGUGAGGUCAGCCGAGGAGCUGAAUGGCAGGAAGAUGACGCCGCUGGAUGCCGAGACCUGGGGAGAGAUCCUGCAGGCCGAGCUGGACAGAUGACGGACGCCAGCAUGUGCUGCCACAUUUAGUAUUUUAUCUAAAGCACCUCGAGCACUUCUGUCUGAUUUUUAAUAUAUAUUUUAUACCUUUUGUGUUUUAUGUGAAAACACACAUACAAUUGUACAUAAAUUUUUUUUUAAACUUUUUUAAGAAAAAAAGGAUCAUGGAGAAAUGAAACAAAUGAAAUAUUAAUAUAAUUGGCUGAAAUUAACUGUUGCAGUUAAGCUGUUUCUUUGUAAAUUUCUUUGUAAAUACGGCUAAGAUGCAAUAAACCUCGUCAUUAUGAAGCA